AUGUCGAUGCUGAAAAAGAAAGAGCUUGUGACCAUCAUCACGCCCAUUCCCGGUUUCAUUCCGCGACAGCUGGCCAUCGACAUCCUCCACUCCCACAGCGAGGUCAUCACUCUGAAUCCUCUUGUCCUCGAACACAAACCCAUUAAGGCCCCUCGCGAUUCUGCUUCUGACGAAUACUACUCCACCUGGUAUGAGAUCAUCGAGCGUAUCCAGUAUGUUCCUGGCCUGGGUAGGAUGGGGUCGGGCAAGAUUGCCUUCAAGGGCUGCUUCCACAACAUGCCCUGGGGACUACAGGCACACAUUUACGCUCCCAUGAGCACCGACUUGCGCUAUAAGUACCGAAUUGCGGGCAAUCAACCAGGCAUUGAGCCCCCCGAGACGAUGGAGAUGGGACUGGCUUCUCUUGGCGCACCGACCGACGGCCUCUAUCUUCGCGAAGACGUUGAGGUCAAAUGCAGCAUUGCCGUUAUGAGCUUUGUUAAGUCGCAGCUCAAGGCUGCCAGCAAGAAGAUGGUCGAGCGCAUCAUCAAGAAGGCCGAGCUCGUCGACUCCGGCGUUCUCCACGCCAUGAUGGACAACGGCAAGCUUAGAACGGUCAACCCGGCCGACCGCUCGAGUACACAGCCUACUUCGCCCACAGGAUCACCCUCUCCCGCACAGCGUAUUUCAGAGCAAGAUGCGAAGGAGCAGCAGCAACCACAGCAGUCGUCUGCGCGACUGUCUACCAUCGGUGCCCCUGGCUCUCCCUUCAUGCCAUAUCAGGUUCCACGUCCACACUCACUUGCGGGAACAUACGGCUCUCGUCCGGAUAGUGCCAAUGCCAGUCACGGACACUCUGCUUCGGGGACGCUAGGUCCUGGGCCUUACGCCGUCUAUCCCGGUUACCGUGCUUACGCUGCGCAUCCCGGCUAUUCGGGCUUUGUACCUCCCUACAUGCAGGGUGCAUACGGCCAGUAUCCACCGCAUCUAUUCCAAGCCGAGAUGCCCGGCUACAUGACCCCCACUGGUGGUCCGUCGGCAUACCCAGCCGCGAGUUUUGCCGUUGAGAUGCCCGGAGACUACUACCACCCACAGGCAGGUGCACCACCACCCGCAUUGUCGGUCGAGUCGACACCGCGGUCUAACCGUGACUCGGACAUAUUGGCGACUGGAAAGUGGGCAGCGCCUACCGAUUACGCCCAGGGAUCUAGCCAGCGUAAUAGCCCGGCUCUGUCGGGGUCCCGGCCGGGUUCUGUCUCAUCUGACGCCGGCGCUUCGGCGCCUGGUGGCUACCGGCCUCUCAGCAUUGACAACAAAGGCGUCUCGUCAGAACUUACAACGCAUCGUGAGACGCAGGAGGAGCACCGUGCCGAGGCUCUCAAAAAGCUGGAGAGGCAAAGCGCGUACGGACAACAGAGCGGGCACACUUACAACCCUGCUGAAUAUGGGCGCUCCGCUUACGGAGCGAAAUGA